GUUUGGUCCUAGCGGUGAUGACUUUUAUUUUCCUCCAGAACUGUGUUCCACGGGGUUGUGCAAAGCCUGGGAACAGUGAGGGCAUUAGGACCAGGAACGAGGCGUCCGCCUGGCUCGGGCUGUGUCUGGCAGAGGGCUCUCGGCUGAGCGCGGAGCUAUGUGUGAAAGGAAACCAGGCACUGCCUGCCGGCAUCUCAUCUGUUGAUCUGACGUGACUUGAAGUAUCCAAAGGAUGACGGCUGUCAGCUCUGCUGGACGGAGGACCCACCAGCUCCCCCCAGACAUCGCAUAGCAACCUGGCCACUCAUGUGAGGGGGGGACGAAACAGGGGACUAAGCACCUGAGCAGAGUGGAACAACUGUUUCCCCAAGGAGAGAGAGAGGGUCAAAGGGGGCAAUCCAUUUCAUUUGAAGUCCCUGUGAAUGGGCUUUCAGAGGGCAAUUAAAGAAAUCCACUCAGAGAGGACCUGGGGUGGGACUUGGGUCCUGUGGCUUUCUGAUUGUAAGUGGAGGCUGGCCUUACACACGCUGUUGGCAAAUGUCAGAUGGGAUAAAAGGAGCAGGUUAAGUGACUGUCAAAAAACUUCCAGGUGGAACUAGAAACCCAGGUUCUGCUGCAAGCUGGAAGGAACCUGGAGCAGGAGGAGAAAGCGAACUUGAACAUGACCUGUUGCACUUGGCAAGUUCCAGCAACAUGCUCCUAAAGAAGCGAUGCAGGCAUGGACCAUGCAGACUGCACUUCCUGGUGCUCUUGCUGAUGCUGGGAAGCGUGCUGCUGAUGGUGGCUCUGCUGCCCCCUCCUCCGCAAGCCCUGGACCAGGCCGUGACAGCUCAGGCUGCCCAGCAUAGUCAGGCAGCUGGGUACCGCCUGGACUUCGGGGAAUCCCAGGAGUGGGUGCUAGAGUCUGAGGAUGAGGACCAAGAGUACGGUCCCUUGGAGAGCCUGCCGCCUUUUAUCUCGCGGGAGGACCAACUCCUAGUGGCCGUGGCCUCGCCCAGGAUCAGAAGGAACCAGAGCCAGGGCAGGAGAAGUGGCAGCUACAGGCUCAUCAAGCAGCCGAGCCGGAGGCUGGACCAGGAGGCCCCAGAGAAAGACUGGGGAGCAGAGGAGGAGGAUGAGGAGGUAUCUGAAGAAGAUGAGCUGACGACGCUCCACCUGGAGGAGGCGCUCAGCGCCCGCAUCCCCCUGCAGAGGGCGCUGCCCGAGGCACGGCAUCCGCUGUGCCGGCAGCAGCGGCCGGAAGACAGCCUGCCCACGGCCAGCGUCAUCCUGUGUUUCCACGACGAGGCCUGGUCCACCCUCCUGCGCACCGUGCACAGCAUCCUGGACACGGCGCCCAGGGCCUUCCUGAAGGAGAUCAUCCUUGUGGACGACCUCAGCCAGCAAGGACAGCUCAAGACUGCUCUCAGCGCCUACGUGGCCAGGCUGGAGGGCGUGAAGUUGCUCCGGAGCAACAAGAGGCUGGGCGCCAUCAGGGCCCGGAUGUUGGGAGCCACCAGGGCCGCUGGGGACGUGCUGGUCUUCAUGGAUGCCCACUGCGAGUGCCACCCGGGCUGGCUGGAGCCCCUCCUCAGCAGAAUAGCUGGUGACAGGAGCCGGGUGGUGUCUCCCGUCAUCGACGUGAUUGACUGGAGGACUUUCCAGUACUACCCCUCCCAGGACCUGCAGCGGGGGGUCUUGGACUGGAAGCUGGAUUUCCACUGGGAGGCGCUGCCAGACAGCGAGGGGAAGACCCGCCCGUCCGCCAUCAGCCCCAUCAGGAGCCCAGUGGUGCCCGGCGGGGUCGUGGCCGUGGACAGACACUACUUCCACAACACCGGAGCGUAUGACCCUCUCAUGUCACUGCGCGGUGGUGAAAACCUCGAACUGUCUCUCAAGACCUGGCUGUGCGGUGGCUCCGUGGAAAUCCUUCCCUGCUCCCGUGUGGGGCACAUCUAUAAAAGUCAGGACGCUGACUCCCCACUGGACCCAGAGGCCACCCUGCUGAACAAGGUUCGCAUUGCUGAGACCUGGCUGGGCUCGUUCAAAGAAACCUUCUACAAGCACAGCCCAAAGGCCUUCUCCUUGAGCAAGGCUGAGAAGCCAGACUGCACAGAGCGCCUGCAGCUGCAAAGGAGGCUGGGCUGUCGAACGUUCCACUGGUUUCUGGCCAACGUCUACCCUGAGCUGUACCCAUCUGAACACAGGCCCAGGUUCUCUGGAAAGCUCCACAACACCGGACUUGGCUUCUGUGCAGACUGCCGGGCAGAAGGGGACCUCCCGGGCUGUGCCUUGACGCUGGCUCCCUGCAGUAACAGCCGGCAGCAACAGCACCUGGAGCACACCGGCAGGAAGGAGAUCCACUUUGGCAGCUCACAGCACCUGUGCUUCGAUGUCAGGCGAGAGCAGGUGGUUCUUCAGAACUGUACCGAGCAAGGCCCCACCAUCCAUCAGCAGCACUGGGACUUCCAGGAGAAUGGAAUGAUUGUUCACGUUGUUUCUGGGAAAUGCAUGGAAGCAGUGGUACAGGAAAACAACAAAGACUUGUACUUGCGCCAGUGUGAUGGAAAAGCCAGCCAGCUGUGGCACUUCGACAACGUCAAGGCUAUGGAUGAACACUGAAUGCCAGUGUCAGGAGGAAAAGAGAAGCUUGGCCCUCACAUUUCAACCCCAAGAGUACUGAGCAAGCAGGUAUAUUUCAUGAGUCAGCCCCUGUGUGUUUGCGGUCUUGUGAUCGUGGAGAAGAAAGCUCCGUGAAUAAGUAUAAGAAGUGUUUUCCUUCUUGCACCUGUGCCAUUGACUGCUGGCUGUUUCAGAAAAAGAAAAAGAACUGAUUCAUUGUCUUCAGCACGGGUAGAUGACCAUUACACAGUACAGAAGAUUCUUCGUUUUCAUCCCUUCAGCACUGAGCAUGUAAUAAUUGCUUUUAAUCUCUGACUAAGGGAAGAGGCCUGGACACUCUCUGGUAGAACUUCCAGAAUACAUAAAUCCAAUUGAUCAGCUUAUUUCAAAUGGCCUUGCCUUUGAUGGUCUGUGUAGCCAACCAUGAAAAUUAAAGUGUAAAGAGAGCAUCAGGGCCUGGCAUACCAGAAACCUUGAAUUGGGCUUAUUAGAAUACAUUUCAUGUUCACUGGUUGAGCCGUAGCUCAGAAGGAAGGGAAGCUACUGAGAGAAGAGUAGAGUUGGAGGACAGAUGGAAGAGAGCUUUGGGCCAAUCCUGCAGCUCAGUCCAGCAGCUGAAAAAAGUCAGUAAACCUGGGAUAGGGUGUUUUCACGUUAAUGAGAAUUUCCUCGAACUUUCUACCUCCAUUCACCCUGCCCUCGCCUUUCUCUAGUUUGGUUAACCACAACCAGAUUCUCAUGCAAUGUAGUGAAUACUUCUCUUUAGUCAUUGGUCUUUGGAAGGGGCAGCUCAUACUGAGAAUUCCACUAACAGAAGUACAUACACUUGCGAAACUCUCCUGAUGCCCUGUUACAGGGUUUGCAGGGACUGGAUCAGAAAUAGCGACCUUUGCAAAGAGGCAAACCUCCCUGAGGGGAAAUGCCAGCAUCUGAGCCAAAAUUCACACGGGAGGAACUCAAGUUGGGUGUUAAUGUUCAUGAGGGCUGACGGGGCCAUAUCUGAGCCUGUAAGAACUGUCUGGGACCCUCAGUGUGCCCACGGGUGGCACAUUCACAACUGUGGGAAGAACACACCUCCACUAGAGCAGAGCCAAGCUAGCAAGAGCUGACUGGCUCUGCCUGCUCCCAUCUGGCCCAGUCUGACUGUAAGUGUUGCUCAGUAGGGUUGGUUCUGCUAAUCAGAAGACACCAUGCACACCCAUUGCUUCUCCAGAUGGAGUUCACCCUUCACAUGCUCAGCUUAGAAACCGCUCCUCCAAGACACUGGCUUCUUUGGGGCCAUUUCAGAAUGCAUUGUUUCAAAUAAAGAAGACUGGGUGGGAAGUGAGGGUUUCCCAACAAUAGCCAUCAUACUUAUGUACAUAUUCCUUUCCACCUCCUGAAGUCAAUGGCUCACUGCAUUUCUCCUUCCUCAGAAGGCACUUGAGACCCAUGCUAGUAGCCACUAGCCACAUGUGGCUAUCUAAAUGUAAAUGCAGGAGCUCCAUGGCGCAAUCGGUUAGUGCACAGUACUUAUAAAUGUAAAUGCACUAAAGUUAAAGACAAUGUAAACUCAGUUCCUCAGUUGUACUGGUCACAUUUCAAGUGCUCAAUCGCCACAUGUGGCUAGGGGCUACUAUACUAGAGAGCACAGAUACAGAACAUUUUAUUGUUUCAAACAGUUCUAUUGGAACCGAUCUAAAUAGAUACAUCAUCCCAUCAAGGGAAGAAAUUUCAUCCAUUGUCUUCUUCCUUCACACUUGUAUAUAUUUGAAAUGAAUUCCUCAGAUAUCUUGAGGUGAAGAUAAAGCUAAUAAUUCUCAGAUGGCAAACUCAUAAAGGGUAUUAAUGGUUGAAAAUUAAAAAUUAAACAGGACCUCUAUUUUUUUAAAUGAACUUUAUUAUUGGCAUUGUGGGUAUUUGAAGUUGCUGAAAUAAAUUAAUAUAAUUAAAUGAAAGGCUGAAUUCAAUUGU